GCCACACCCUAUAAAGAUGCAAUAGAAGCUACGAGAUGACUUCCACGGGCAUGGAGCAGCAAGGGUAAACAGAACCGUCCGAGUCCGAGUUUUCCCAUUACUGUUUGUAGCCAUCCUCCUUGGUUGUGUGCAGGACCCCAUAGAUAAGAGAUAAAAGGGAAUAUAACCUGGGGUCAACCCAUAUGGGUUUGUUGUUGUUUUUAACUUAAUUUUAAUUUACGUAAUUGUAUAUAUAUAUAUAUAUAUGUGCUUCUUUCCCUGAUUGUUACUUUUCCUUCUUUUACUUUAAUCAAUUGAGUUCAUCAAUUGCCUUUCUUUAUUUCCACUGCCACAAACUUAUCAUGUUUAAAACUACUUGGUCAAUUCUCCCAACUUCUUGGAUUAGUGCUAAGAAGACCGAAGAUGUUACGGCAAAGGCACCUAUACCAACAUCCACCAUUUUUAGAGACCCGAAUACAAAGUCUACUUUAUACAAUAUAUCAAUGAAUGAACAAUCGGUUGAUGACGAUGAUUCAUUCAUUGAUAUUACUACCAGAAAGUUAUCGUAUGCCGAGGUGGCUGCUUUAUCGCAAAACAAGAAACAAACCAAUCGUUUGAGCAAACCAAAGGAAAACCGAGUCAAUACAAACCAAUAUGAAGUAUUGGCAAAAAACUUGAAAGACGAUGAUGAUUUGGACGAAAUGGAAGAACCAAUUGAGAAGUUCAAAUCAAAUCACUACUUUAAAAAAAAUAAACAAUACAAGCAAUCGGAUAGAUUGAAGUCUAAGAAGAAAUAAUCAUUUC